AUGGGUGAUAUUCAUGAACGAACUUUCAUCUUGGUCAAACCCGAUGGAGUUGCGCGUGGCCUGGUCGGAGAAAUCACCAAACGAUUCGAACACCGCGGAUUCAAACCUGUUGCAAUAAAAUUGGUUUUGGUUUGGGAAGGGUUCGGUGUUAUAGCUGUCGGUCGAAAAAUGUUAGGAGAAACUGAUCCAGCCAAAUCUGAACCGGGGACAAUUCGUGGCGAUUUUGCUAUUGCAACUGGACGGAAUGUUAUUCACGGAAGCGAUUCAGAGAAAUCAGCUAAACGUGAAAUUGAUUUAUGGUUUCGUCCAGAUGAGGUUACACAAUGGACAAGUGCUGCUGGAAAAUGGAUACAUGAAUAA